CCGCCGAAGAAGAAAAUAAACGCACGAAGAAGAAAUCUUUGUUCUGGCGGUAGUGUGUGUGACACCGAAACAGACACGUUUUGAUUCAUUUGGUCAAGGAAACUAGUUGAAGUUAAAAGCGUGGCUUUAUUUCCGCCAUGGUGAAGUUAUCUGCGGAGCUGAUAGAGCAGGCUGCUCAGUACACCAACCCGGUGAGAGACCGGGAGCUGGAUUUACGAGGCUAUAAAAUCCCAGUCCUGGAAAACCUCGGAGCCACUCUGGACCAGUUUGACACCAUCGAUUUCUCUGACAACGAAGUGAGGAAACUGGACGGCUUCCCUUUGCUCAGAAGGCUGAAAACAUUGCUGAUGAACAACAACAGAAUCUGUCGGAUCGGGGAGAACCUGGAGCAGUCCCUGCCGAGUCUCAGAGAGCUGGUGCUCACAAACAACAGCAUCCAGGAGCUGGGAGACUUGGACCCGCUGGCCUCAGUGAAGACGCUAACCCUUCUCAGCUUGUUAAAGAACCCGGUGACAAACAAGAAGCAUUACAGGCUCUACGUCAUCAACAAAAUCCCACAGAUCCGUGUGCUCGAUUUUCAGAAAGUAAAGCUCAAGGAGCGGCAGGAGGCAGAGAAAAUGUUCAGAGGCAAACGAGGCGUUCAGCUCGCAAAGGACAUGGCCAGGCGAUCAAAAACAUUCACUCCUGGAGUGGCGGCGCAGCCUGAGAAGAGGAGGACGGGUCCAUCUCAAGCUGAUGUGGAAGCCAUCAAGCAUGCCAUCGCCAACGCCUCAUCGCUGGCGGAGGUGGAGAGGUUGAAGGGGAUGCUGCAGGCCGGACAGAUCCCAGGACGAGAUCCCAGACAAGAUCCCAGUGGCAUGGAGGAGGAAGAAGAGGAAGACUAUGAUGGUGCAGAGACGCAUAUGGAGGAAGGUUACGGAGAUGGCGUAAAUAACGGGGACCAGGGAGAGGAAGAAGAUAUGGAGGAUGAGCCUCAUGAAAAUGGCUCCUGAAUCAGUUUUUUUUUUUUUCUCCUUACCUUUCUUGUUGCACAUCAGUGCUGUUUUAUUUUGUACAUUGACUCUCAUUAAACAGAUUUCUUGUACUCCUCUGA